AUGGCAAAUGCGCUGAGCGCCCAGAAAGCUGACACAAUUCAGCUCCAAAAGUUAUCAGAACGAGCUGGCUCUCUAAAGCCACAAGGACAACGACCCAUUUCUGUCACGAUACCUACUAUUGUUGCGUCAUCACAGGCUCGUAACUCUUAUCUUCGUAUUGACACGUUUUCAUCAGUCAAUCAGAAUGGUAGUUUUGAAUUUGAUCGAGUGAUUAAAAGUGGUGUGGUUUUAAAGCGCACUCGGAAGACAAAGGCAUGGAAAUCAAUAUUUCUCGUUUUGCGCCCAAACUCCCUAUCUAUAUAUCGAAAUCAGAAAGAGGAUAAACUUCGACACAAGAUACAUUUAUCUGAUCUCACAGCUGUGGCUCUUCUCAAAGAUCCAAAACAAAAACGUCAACACAUCUUUGGAUUAUUCUCACCCUCGAGGAACUUUCAUCUAGAAGCCAAUUCACAGCAAGACGUCCAAGAAUGGGUUGAUCUCAUUAGGCAGACUGCCCGAAUUGAAGAGCAAGAAGAGAUGUUAUUAGCUAGCCCAACUUGGAAUAACGUUAGCAUGAAUCGAUUAAGUCAGGUUAUGCAAUCUCAAUCUCAAAGAUUACAUGGCGAACGACUUAGUUCUAGCUCUCCAGAACCCAGCGACUUAGUACCUCGAUCUUCGAAAACAGAAGCGCUGGGUUUCACUACAGCCCGAAGACCUUGCACUGUUGACUAUUCGGGUAAUGAAUUUGCAUCACACUCGGAUUGGUCGGAUAUAGAGAUUUCGAGAAAACGAGGACCCUCAAGCGGCUCAGCGCAAGAAGAAGUCUUCGCAGUUAAAGAUUCUCUCCCGCCAUCAUUAGGUGUAAUACGCAACCAAAGCCAGAUGAGCGGCUUCAACGCUGAAAAAGAUCUUGAGCGUGUGAUAUGGCAGGGAUAUCUUCUCUGGUUGAAGUCAAAAAGUGGAGUCCGGCAAUGGAAGGAUUCAUGGGUAGUUAUACGACCAAAAAAUAUCACGUUCUACAAGAAUAACUCAGAGUAUCUACCUAUCCUUAUCAUUCCUGUUUCUUCGAUCGUAAACGUUGUCGAGAUCGAUCCAAUUUCGAAAACAAAAAAGUUCUGUUUACAGUUCAUAACGGAAGAAAAAAGCUACAGAUUCUGUGCUCACAACGAAGAUGACCUUGACAACUCUAUAGGGGCAAUCAAGAGUCUAUUGGCACGAAGGAAAGAAUCACGGACAUUUUAG